AUGUCGUCGGCAAAAUGCAGAAGCAACAGCGUAUACGGAGUCAAUCACAAAAGGCUGGAGAUACUCCGCAGCUUGAGAAUAAAUAUCGACUGGGACGACGGAGCGGAGCUAGCCGAACUCGUACGACGAAUCAAGAUAAUCAUCGGCGACGAGUGGAAGGGCGAAUUACCCGAUCUGCUCACCAUCUUCAUGCCCAAGGAGAUCGACAAGCUGCUCAAGACGGCCGUGAAGUCGAAGCACUACAGGCGGCAGUUCAUCGACCUGGUGAUACGCGCGGGCUUCCGGGACGAGCCCAAGGUGAACCGUGACGGGGUGCCGUAUCUGCGACGCACGACAGCCAUCCACCACGAGGCGCGCGAUCAGUGCCCCGACGUCGAGGCCAUCGGCCGACUCUUCGAGAUCUACCACAGGUACGACGUGAACUACUUCGACGAGCACGGGGUGACGCAUUUUCACGUGGCCUGCGAACACGGCUUGGAGGACGUCGUCGAGAAAUUCCUCGAGCUGGGCCAAGACCCGAACUGGCCGCAGGGCAAGACCGGCGACACGCCCCUUAAUCUGGCCCUGGACAACGAUCGCAAGGGUGUCGCGCGGCUGCUGCUCCACUGGGGCGCGGAUCCGAACGGGCCCGACGGCACGGGCUCCACCCCGCUGCACAUCAUCUGCAAGAACAGGCACGCGGGCCUGGCUGGUCUGCUGUUCGGCGCCUGCGACCGGCAACAGCAGCAGGUGCAGCUGGAGGCCAGGGACAAGCUGGGCGAGACGCCGCUGCACUCGGCGCUGAGAUGCCGAAACAAGAAGCUGGUGGAGGUGCUGCUGAGGCGGGGCGCCGAUCCCAACGCCAUCACCAGGAGUGGCGCCACCCCGCUGCACAUCAUCUACGACAGUCACGACGCCGAGUGGCUCCGGAAGUUCCUCGAGAUCUGCGACCAGCUCGAUCAGCUGGUGCUCGUGGACGCGAGGGACGAGUCGGGUAACGCGCCGUUACACCUGGCUCUGGAGCAGGACUACGAGGACAUGGUGGAGGUGCUGCUGAGGCUCGGGGCCGAUCCGAACAGCGCCAACGGCGACGGCGUCAAGCCCGUCCAUCUGAUCUGCCGUAGGAACAAGGCCGCCCUGGCGAGGACCUUCUUCGAGAUCAGUCGGUCGGUGGGUCAGCCGGUGCAGGUCGACGCCCGGGACUGCAGGGGCAGGACGGCGCUGCAGCUGGCCGUGGCGCGAUUCAACCUGGACAUGAUCGACGCGCUCGUGGAUCACGGCCGAGCGGAUCUCGACGGCCUCGAGUUUCCCGACGCCAAAGACUUUCGCGUGGACGAGUGCGAGCUCGAGUUCGCCGCCCGGCUGAUCAGCUGCGUGGAGCGACUCGAGGCCAAAGGAUACUGGUUCAAGCGGCAGGAUCUGCUGACGAUAAUGAGGCUCUUCGCCAAGUAUCAGCUGUUCGAGGUGGCGGCGGAUCUGGAGACGGGCUGGUACGACGACGACAAGUUCCAGCGCUCGGCCAAGCGCACGAUGAUAUGUCUGACGAGGACGAAGAGAGACAACGAGGACGACGACAACGAGGACGAUUACGAGGACGACGUCAUAUCGCUGCACGAGCUGCUGAAGUCGCCGGCGGACAAAGUCGCCAGGAUACUCAUCCACAGGACGAACUACAAGAAAUUCCUGGCGCACAGCGACCCGAGGGACUUCCCCGAGGGUUACAUGCAGGCCUGCCUCGUGCAUCUGUGCGAGGUGAUCUCGCGGCGUUUCUUUCGCCGCUGGUCGCUCGAGUCGGUGUCGCAGCUCUCGUGGACCAGCUGCGCCGGCAAAGGCCUGCCGCGUCUCUGCUGCGACAAAAUCAUGGAGUAUCUGAGAAACGAGGAUCUGUUCCGGGUCUUUUUGGCCGCGGCGGGAGAGUCCACGAGGUGGCAGCUAUGA